AAUUUUCGCAUUUGUCUCUUCCGGCCAUUACAGCAAUCAGAACGGCUCGCCACGAGUCUGCAAAUUUGUGUUAAUUUCUCAAAAAUAAACUUUAAAAGUUGCAAUAUUUUAAAUAUUACAUUAAAAGUAUUUUUGUAUACGCCCGCCACAUAGCUAUUAUAAAUAUAGAAUGGCUGACUCCAAGAACAAUGAUGUUGAGAUGAAUGGUGAGGAUUUCUCUAAAGACGUCACCACAAACGAAAAUGAGAAAAGUACCGGCACCAAUGGUACAAAUGGAAACGCUGAGGGUCAAUCAAAUGCACGGGAUGACGACAGAAAACUUUUUGUUGGUGGUCUCAGCUGGGAGACGUCGGAGAGGGAACUGCGCGAACAUUUUGAAGCAUACGGUGAAAUUGACAGCAUAAAUGUUAAGACAGAUCCCCAAACUGGACGUUCUCGUGGAUUUGCAUUUAUUGUAUUUACCAAUACUGAAGCCAUCGACAAGGUGCACGCUGCCGGUGAACACAUUAUCAACAAUAAGAAAGUCGAUCCCAAGAAGGCCAAGGCGCGUCAUGGCAAAAUUUUUGUUGGCGGUCUUACGAAUGAAAUCAGCGAUGAUGAGAUCAAAACAUAUUUCAGUCAAUUUGGCAAUAUUGUAGAUGUUGAAUUGCCAUUCGAUAAGCAAAAGUCGCAACGUAAGGGUUUUUGCUUCAUCACGUUCGACUCCGAGCAGGUCGUUAAUGAAUUGUUAAAGACACCUAAACAGAAAAUUUCCGGCAAGGAAGUGGAUGUAAAGCGUGCAACACCAAAACCAGAUAACCAAAUGAUUGCUAUGCGUGGCGGUCGCGGUGGUAUGCGUGGUGGACGUGGUGGAUUUGGUCGUGGAGGUUAUCCACAAUGGCCUGGUCAGGGCGGUUAUGCACCAUAUGGCGGAUACGCCGGCGGUUAUGAUGCUGGUUAUGGAGACUACUACAGCGGCGGCUAUUACAAUGGCUAUGACUAUGGAUACGAUUACGGCUACGGAGGUGGUUAUGAUGGCGGCUACGGUGGUGGUAGUGGCGGCGGCGGCCGAGGUGCCGGUGGUCCACGCGGCGGUCCAAAAGGUGCCGGUAGUUAUCCUUCGGGCAAACAAAGAGGGACAGGACGCCAGCCCAGGCAUCAACCUUACUAAUCAUUUUCGUUACAAUAAGUCGAUAGUAAUAGACAAGCGCCGGUUUACAAAAACAGAAAAAAAUCAAUACAAACUACCAUUAAGCCAGCAUUUUAAAUAAGUUUUUACUGAUCGCUUGGAAAUUUAUGAAAUAAAUUCAGUACCAACCAGAUAUGUUGUGCGUAAUACUUCGAGCGCACUCACACACAUCAAUACUUCACCAUUUCAAACAGCUGUUCAUCGCUGAGUUUCUCUUCAGAUUUAGUUUCCGCGAUAUGAACACAAUUACUACAAAUAUAUAUAUAUAUAUAAACUAUGCAACUGCAUGGAUACCCAUUCCGAAAUUUAAAUUAUAAAUCACUUAAAUAAUCUCAAUACUAUCAUUACGGUCCAGCAUUCAUAUUCUAGUGUGUGUUGUCAAAAAAGAUAUAUAUUUUCGUUUAUACCGGCCUUUUUUUUUUACAUUUAUCACGACAGAAGUGCAAGCAUGGAAGUCUACAAAAUCCAGCGUUGCAGUUAUUGCAACUUGUCAACUUAACAACAAUCCAGCAAUCAAUAGUUUAUUAGCAAUUACUUUUCAUUAGUUAUAUAUUGUCAUAAAAUAAUUACUCUUAAUCUUAUGUUACCUAAUACACUUACUUUAAAAAGGUAAUUUUUUAUGCUCUAAGAAGUAGUUUUGAUAUGUUAUCGGUUAGCAGUUCGGAAUCAUACAUUUGAUCACUAUUUUAUAAAGCUACCAAUCUAUACCUUACCAUAUUUUUUUUUAACUAUCGCACGACUUGCCUAAUAUCUACAUACAUAUUAUAUUGUGUAGGUAUGUGGAUUAGGUUAGUGUUUACAAUUUCACAUUAUCUACAUCCAAGACAAACUGAACGCAAGAUUACGUCAUCCCGGAGCCAUGACGUCAGUACAGAAAAUAAACAAACGGAAGGAACAAGAAGGAUAAGCAAGAAUAAAGACAACAUUAAAUCGCUGCUCGGCUCUUAGCGAAUUUGAAAGAAUCAGCUGAUUUACUGACGUAAUAAGUUUGAUGAUGGCGGUUUAUUUACAACAGUGCUCGGCAAAAACAGGCCCUGUUGGUCACACGAUGUACAGAAUGCAAAGGUGGGGCGAACAUCAGACCGCUAACCUGCUCUCAGCAAUUUUGAAGUAAUCAGUUGAUUUGCCGACGUAGUCGGGAUUACGAAAAAACUUGAGAUUGUGUUGGUGAAAUAAGAAAAAAUCCACGCAGCCAUUGCUCAUAUCGCUUAGUUGCCGUCUGACAACGACUGAUUGGACAAAUGUGUGAAUACGUGUGAAAUGAGUAGGCAAAAUUCUGCUGCCGAAUCCCCGAUGGCUUGCAGCCAAAGUUACUCUCACAAUUUUGCUUCGGAUGCCCAAAUCUUGAAUUCCAUCAUUCUUGUCCGGCAUCGUGGCCAAGAAGGAUAGAAUAAAUCGUGCACACAAAAGUUUGUUUAUUUUCUGUACUGACUUCACUCAAGUGCUAAAUACACCAAGAACAAAAUAGCGCUUUGCGGAUGGCGCCACCUUUGUAUUCUCUACAUCGAUCCUACACCUACGCUUAAUUCGUAAUAGGUUCUUGGCAGAGUUUACUUUUUUUAAAAGUAUACAUACUUAUCUUUACUUAUAUUAAUAUCUUAAAAUAAGAAUAUACAUACAUGCAAAAAUUGCACAGAGAAACGUAACCAAGUUCAUAUGCUUAAAAUACGAGUACUGUAGAGUGACAGAGCGAGAGAAGGACUAUAGCAUCAACUAAUAAGGGGAAAUCAGCAGCCGUAGUAAAUCAAGCAACAAAAUAAAACAUCAAAUAAAAACAAAUCCACCAAAUUAUUAGACACUUACAGAACUCAACUAAAGGCAAAGUGUGCAUAAUACAAAUGCAUACGUAUACACAAAAAACAAUACAUACUAUAUAUAUAUUUAUUCUCAUAGUAUAUAUAUAUAUAUAUAUACAUAUAUAAAUAUAUUAUAGAGUGCAGAACUAACAACAGAAACAGAAUUUAUAUUUUAAUAAUGAUCUAAAAUGAUAAUGAAAAAGGGAAGGAAAUUAUGAGGGCGUGGGCGGUGGUCACAGAACAAUCUUAAAAUGCAGACAUUGUAUAUGCCACAAAAAAUAGUUUUUAAUAAAUACAAAAUACAAAAAAAAAACAACAUUAAAAUUUUUCUCCAUUCUGUAAACGGAAGAGGCACAGGUAUGGACGUAUGUUUUUAAGUAAAUGUAAACAUACAUUAAAUACAUACAUAUGUAAUGUAAGUAAGUGUGUUGAAGAAACAAAUUUUGGAAAUCGCUUCCGUUGAAUCCUUGAAGAUGCAAAAAUCUGAAGGCAGCGGUCACUUUGAUAAAAAAGCAAAAAGUGCAGCAAUAAAAAAAUAAAUAUUUCAUUUUUAUAUUGUACAAAAGUAAACCGCUAUCAUCAGAAGCGUCAAUAUGAAGCAGCAAUAACAAUCGAUCAAGCUUUGUUUGCACACACUCGUACAUAAUCUUACAACAGCAAGGGCAAUAUCGUUUAUUAAGAGUUGCUUAAAAAAUAAUAGGAAACCAAGGCACUAGUAAAUACAGUUUCUCAUAAAACAAAUAAAAUAAAAUAACGUAAAACCCAAUAUAAAAAAAUCACGUUCUUAGUACUGCCAUAAGUUAUGUUACACGAUUUUCAAAGCAGCAGGCUUUUAUUCAGUUUGGUUUAUAAUUUCACGUGGAAGGGGGGGAGAGAGAAAUCGUAUCGUGGUGAUUGUAUUCUUUGCUAAAAAAAAUUUAUAUCAAGACAGUUUGGCCUGCAAGGUUCACCAUCGAAAUUUGUAGAAUCUCAAGCAAACACUUAUUGCAGCACGCGUUA